AUGGCUUCCCCUUUAGAUCAACUUGUGAAAGGCGCUCCUGUCCCCGAGGUCCGCGCUCCCACUCCGGAGCCAUUGUCAACUACUUCUACACAAUCUGCUUCUUCCUCACAACGUCCUUCAACUCCUGAUCCAUUAGCAUCCCUUCCUUCUUCGCCGCCGCAGAUCUAUUUGAACCUAUUGAUCCUCGAAGCAUCACUUCGCGCUCAGUACCUGGCCCUUCGUGAACGCCGCCGCCAAAAUACGUUCUUCCUACUCCUCCUAGCAGCUUGGAUUGCUUAUUUUGUAUAUGCAUUAUUCCUUCGUCCUCGAGAAGAUGGCCGGGGAGUGGGAGGCUCGGUAUAUUGGGUCGUUGAGAUGGGGGAAAAGGUCGCCCUACUUGGCGGGGUCGUGACGGCGCUACUCGUCUGGGGAACAGGACAGUGGGAGCGUGGAAUCCGCUGGCCGCGGCGCUGGCUCGCUGUUGCUAAUCGUGGGUUGCGCACCAUGAACACAAAGAUCAUCGUGAUUCGAGGGCCUUGGUGGCAGGAAUUGUUCUCAUAUGUCUCGUUCUUGUUUCCCUUCUCCGCGCCCUUUUUCCCCUCACCUAGCGGGAACUUCCACUUCGUUGAACGUCACUCCUCCGAUAGACGCGGUAGUCGGCAGCACUACCAGCAGUACUACAAUGGUGGUGAUAGUGAAUCGGGACUAGUUGAGGAAGAUCUGAGUUCCGGUGGCGAUUAUAUCCGUUUGCUAUUGCUGCCCAAGUCAUUCUCGCCAGAGUUUCGAGAGAACUGGGAUGAUUACCGUACCGAUUUCUGGGAGAAAGAGAACGAGCGCCGAACUCAGCUGCGUCAGAAACUGCGCGAGCGCGAGCGCCAGCUUGCUCAGACUGAAGGCGGCUGGCUCUGGCGACUUGGCCUAGGCUGGCGCGCAUCUCAGCGCCGUCGUCUGGUAGCUGCGACCUUGCACCGGUCACUGGAGGCGGACACGCCCAAGCCUCGACACCAGCAUCCCUCAUCCGUCUCUUCUCGGCUCACUCAAGAUCAUCGACCUGUACGCCGGCCUGAAUCUACCCAUUCCCGUACUUCAUCUUGUAGUCCUGCUCCCGAGGAACGUCCUCCUUCUCGAUCUGGACCAGGUCGUCCUCGCCGCGGAAGCACUACACCAUCACUCUCAGGCGCUGAGCAGACCCCUCAACGAAAGAGGAAGGGCUCGAGAGCAUCACGGCGUGGCCCAUCGCCUCUAACACAGGCGCAGGUCCGAGAAGGUGUACGGACGCCAUCAUUUUCAUCUGAUGACUCGGGAAUCUUGCCUUUGACCGAGAAGGAGAAAGAGGCUAUACCAACUUCUGUACCUUAA